AUGCCUGCCGAAAAUGGAUUAAAAUUUGACAAAGAAAUUGAUCUAUUAAAUUGUUCUGUAUUCCAAGGCAAUAUUUGGCAACAGUUUGAUGUGACAUCAAAGUCAUUUUUUCUGACUUUGUUCAAUUUGUAUUUUGUACCAUAAUAUUCAAAGAAAAAUAAUUUGAUGAUCACAUUGUAUUGCAAUAAAUCGUUCUUCAUGUGUACAAAAUUAGUAAAUAUAACGAUAUCAUAAUGACUUAAAUUGAUAUUUCUUAAAAUUUAGCUUGCGAAGAGAAAGGCAGCAAAGAUAGAGAAGAGAAUCCCACGAACGACGACGAAAAAAGCAGUGAAGAUGACGAAGAGGAAGGCAGCCAGGACUCGUCAUCAUCAUCUGGUGUAGUUCCUCCAUCUUCACGUUCCAGAGGUGGGCAAGAUCGCCUGUUUACUGAGAACGAAAUGGCUGAGUUUCGAAAGUUAUUCGCUUCAGUAAUACAUUCAGACAAGCCAAUCACCACAAAAGUUGCCGUAUCAAUGUUAAAUAAGCAUAAGAAAUUGAAGCACCUUAGAAAGAAAUUUACUAACCAGCAGAUAUACGACAAGCUGAGGACGGAGAGGAAAAUUGCUAACAGAGACAAAAACAAAAAGAAAUGA